AUGACAUUAACCCAAGCCUUUUACUAGGUACAUUGAUGACUUGCUUAAUGAGGUCCGUCGCCUCCGGCAGGUUUCUCAGGUGCCACUGCCCACCAGUUCACAGUUAAUAACACCGGCUACCAUCAAUACGAAUGCACACUCGGCCGAACCAGAAGAAAUCGAAGCUGUGACGUGCUCCCCGGCCGCGUCUGAGAAUAAUGCUCUCAGCACGGUGCAGGCUGCUGACACUGACCCGAAAAGGCCAUUGAAGAUUACCGAAGGUGUUCGUAAUCCACUUUUCGAUGAACGGCCAUGGUUUUUUAGUUUGACUCCAGAAAUGCCAGUUCUUGUUGGGGAGGCCAGUGAUGCAGCAUUUGCUACUAGGAUUCGUCAAGAGCUGUUGGGAGAAAACCAGGUUCAUUACCCACGCACUCAAAAUAUGCCCGAUGAGAGCUUAUGUUCCUUGUGGCAUUCUGAAACCGUCUGGCCUACGCCCUCAAGGGCUCGCUUCCUGCUCAAAGUGGUAUUUGACACAGUAUGCCGACGCUACUACCUGACACGAAAAAGUAUAACUCUUCGGCUCUUAGAGCAAGCCAUAAGUGACCCAGCGCAAUGUGAUAUAUUGACCAGCUGCAAGCUCUAUGCUUUUUUUGCAUUAGGUGAGGCAUAUUCGACUAGGACCUGCCACCAGCCCGGAAACGAAUUUCCUGGAAUUGCAUAUUAUGCCAGUGCGACGCAGAUGCUCCGCGUGUUCAGCGAGCAACCCAGAAUCGAUUGCGUUGAGAUCAUGAUAGCACUUUCUCUCUACUCCCUUAUGAUGAACCGUCGCCAUUCUGCAUAUUGCAUGGUAGGCUGUGCUAUGAGAUUUGCUAUCGUAACCGGCCUCCACUUGAAUGUCCCACAGGAUCAACUGCCGAAUCGCGAACUACGAGAACAUCGCGUCCGCAUAUGGUGGACGGUAUAUAUACUUGAUAGGAACUGGGCGUUUAUGCUGGGGAAGCCAGUGAGCAUACACGAUGAAGACAUUGACGUGAAUCUGCCGUCCGACAUCCAAUCUUCUGCGCAAAGCCUUGCUGAGGACUUUGCGGAUACAGAUUACCUGAAAGCAGGCAUUUCUUUGGCUAGGGUUGGCGCUCAUAUUACAGCAUCGACAUACAGCCACAGGCCGCAACGGACCACAUUUUCUGAUAGGGUCCAACAAGGUCUCCGAGAUCUGGAUAAAUGGCUGCAAGGGCUCCCUGCGCCUCUUAGCAUAUUUAUUAGCCAAGUGCCACCCAAUCCGCCUAUGCAUAUAGUAACUCUGUAUCUUUACUUCAAUCAGUGUUUCAUACUGGCACUGAGGCCGGUCUUGCUUUACGCUCUCCGGAUGCGCCGUAUAUCACCCUUUGAUAACACGAGAAACGAGCGGCUACCAGCCCAUGAAACUGCUUUUGCUUUGUCGGAAGCAUGCCGCCAAUGUGCACGCCGAUCAUUUCAUAUUCUCACCGAAUCUUGGAUCAGUGGAUCUUUUCCCACGUAUGAUUAUACCUAUAGCCAGUGUCUAUUCUCUGCAUCACUUGUUCUGGCUUUGUCCAGUCUGUCAAAGACCCCAGAAUCUUCGACCGAUGGCGAUGAUUUUGAGACAGCUGUACAGAUACUCAGUCAACUUGAAAAGGCAGGGAAUUUUGCAGCCAAGGAAUUUUACAGACAUGUUGAGUCCGUAAAGAGUAUCCUUGACCACAUCAGCCUCGAAGAGUGUCAAUCUGGGCGUCCACACUGGUCCCGCGAAACCGUAGGUGGGGGUGACGCCGUUUCGUAUGACGCGCAACCGGGCCCGCCGUUUGGUUUGUCUGAAAAUGCUCAAAGGUCCAAUGUUACUGAGCCCUCACUGGAGAGCCUCCUGGCGCACCCAAACUUGGACCUUGAAACUCUAGAUCCCUCCGUAAUUAAUGACGGCUUCCAAGCUUUUAUGUGGCCGGAAGAGGACUACAGUGGCUUAGCAGAAACUGGUAUGUGAUGUAACGUAAUUCACAAGCGAACCGCGCAGCUGAUUCCAGAUAGUAAA